AUGUCUGUACUACGAACUAUUGUCAUAAAUAUUGUGGCAAUAAUACUUAUAAUUGCCACUUUAGGAUUAGUGGAUGGAAGUCAGUUAAAAACAAUUUUAAAUGUUGGUUACCUGACAGCAAUUAAAGGCGAUCUUAAGGAUCGCCAGGGUCUUGCCAUAUCUGGUGCAAUUCAAAUGGCACUAGAAGAAAUUAAUGAUGAUCCAAAAAUUUUACCAAAUGUAACAUUAAAUCUUAAAUGGAAUGAUACGAGAGGUGAAACAGUGACUGCAACACGUGCCAUAACUGAAAUGAUUUGCGAUGACGUAUCAGUUAUUUUUGGACCGGAAGGCACCUGUUAUGUUGAGGCAAUUGUAACACAAAGUAGAAAUAUUCCCAUGAUAGCUUAUAAAUGUUCAGAUUUUCAAGCUUCAGCAAUUCCAACGUUUGCAAGAACAGAACCACCCGACACUCAAGUGACCAAAUCAGUUAUUUCGUUGCUAAAUUACUAUCGAUGGAGCAAAUUCACAAUCAUUUAUGAAGAAAAAUGGGAAAGAGUUGCAGAAUCACUGACUCAACAAGCAAAAGCACACAAUAAAACGAUCAAUCAUAAAAGGCAGGUGGUCGAUCGUCACAAAUGCUGUGAGAAUAAUAUGGACUGUUGUAGGCCAGGCUAUUGGUACAAUAUCAUUCAGAAUACAAUGAAUGGAACGAGAAUUUACAUAUUCUUGGGAACACCUGAUGCUUUGGUAGACAUGAUGGGAUCUAUGGAGUCAAUUCAGUUGUUUGAUAAAGGCGAAUAUAUGGUGAUAUUUGUUGAUAUGAUGAGCUAUUCUGCUGAGGAGGCCAAAAAAUAUUUAUAUCGACUCGAUCAUUUCAGCAAAUAUAAGUCAUGCAAUGAAAUCGAAGGUUUUACAAAGAGAGCUAGAAGUUUAAUCGUCGUCGUUAGUACCCCACCGACAAAAAAUUAUGAAGAGUUUACUGCCAAAGUUCGAAUCUUUAAUGAGAAGCAGCCAUUUGAAUUCAGAAAUCCAAACUUUCCCAACAAACAAUUUGUUAAAUUUGUCUCGAUCUAUGCUGCAUAUUUGUAUGAUGCUGUUAAAUUAUAUGCAAACGCAUUGCACAAAUUGCUAAAGAAGGAGGAACAUGUGCGACCGUUAACAGAUGAUGUGAUAAGAGAAAUUGCAAGCAACGGAACUGCCAUCAUAAAUGCCAUAAUUCAAGAGAAAAAAUAUCCAAGUGUAACUGGUGCUGAAAUUUGGAUUGAUGAGAAUGGAGAUUCUGAAGGAAAUUUCUCAGUUCUAGCACUAAAAGAGUCACAUUUCUCAACAAAAGAUUCCAAUUUUACAUGUGAUCGUCAUAUGGUUACAGUUGCAACAUUUCAAGGCCGAAAUAAUAACAAUUCUCUUCCAGAAUACAAAUUCAACAACAUUUUGCGUAUAGAUUGGCCAAGCGGUGUGAUUCCGACAGAUGAACCACAAUGUGGUUUCUUAAACGAGCAGUGCAUAAAAGAUGACAGGCAUGUCAUUUCAAUGAUUAUAGCUGGCUCCUUAGGUUUGAUUUUGUUCUGUUCUGUUGUGGUUACAAUAAGUAUUUAUCGUAAGUGGAAAACUGAGUUGGAAAUUGAAGGACUUUUGUGGAAGAUUGAGCCAAAUGAAAUUAAAGGAUAUUUUAAUAAUGAUAUUGUUUCAUCGCCUAGCAAACUUAGUCUUGUUAGUGCAGCCAGCUAUGGAUCAAGAUAUCAAGUUUGGACUACCACAGGAAAGUUUCGUGGUGUAAUUGUAAGAAUAAAAGAACUGAAGUUUUCAAAGAAAAAAGACAUGUCAAGAGAACUGAUGAAAGAAUUCCGAACAUUACGUGAUCUGAGACACGAUAAUAUAAAUAGUUUUAUAGGAGCUUGUGUAGAGCCCAUGAGAAUUUUACUAGUCACUGAUUAUUGCGCUAAGGGAAGUUUAUACGAUAUUAUAGAAAAUGAAGAUAUAAAAUUAGAUAAUUUGUUUAUUGCAUCAUUGAUUAAUGACUUAAUCAAGGGUAUGAUCUACAUUCACUCAUCAACAUUAGUAUUCCAUGGAAAUCUCAAGUCAUCAAAUUGUGUCAUAACGUCGCGAUGGAUGCUGCAAAUCACAGACUUUGGAUUGCAUGAUUUACGACAUUGUGCAGAGAGUGGAUCUGUUGGAGAGCAUCAAUAUUAUAGAAGUUUAUUUUGGAAAUCUCCUGAGCUUUUACGUAAUCCAAAUAUUUACGGUAGUCAGAAAGGUGAUGUAUAUGCAUUUGCCAUAAUUCUCUAUGAGAUUUGCGGAAGAAAGGGUCCCUUCGGCAGUACAGAUUAUGAACCAAAGCAAAUUAUUGAUUUAGUCAAAGAUAUUCCAACCGAUGAAAGACAACCAUUUCGUCCCGACAUGGAUUGUCUUCUAGAUUCUGAUAACUGUCCUGAUUAUGUUAUCAGUUGUAUACAAGAUUGUUGGAAUGAAAAUCCUGAGUGUCGUGAUGAUUUUCCCACAAUAAGAACACGACUGAAAAAGAUGAGGGAUGGAAAGUCUAAAAAUAUAAUGGAUCAAAUUAUGGAAAUGAUGGAAAAGUACACAAACAACCUGGAAGAUAUUGUCAAUGAAAGAACACGCUUAUUGUAUGAAGAAAAGAGAAAGACAGAAGAUCUUCUUAAUCGAAUGUUACCACAAUCUGUUGCUGAAAGACUUACCAUGGGACAUGGCGUUGAACCUGUUACUUUUGAUGCUGUCACGAUAUACUUUAGUGAUAUUGUUGGGUUUACGCAACUUUCGGCUGAAAGCACACCUCUGCAAGUUGUCAAUUUUCUUAAUGAUCUCUAUACAAUCUUCGAUAGAGUCAUUAAGGGCUACGACGUGUAUAAAGUUGAAACUAUUGGUGAUGCCUACAUGGUAGUCUCCGGUUUGCCUAUUAAGAAUGACGACCGUCAUGUGGGUGAAAUCGCAUCGAUGGCUCUUGAUCUACUUCAGGCUGUAAAGAAUCACAGAAUCGCACACAGACCGACCGAAACACUUAAAUUAAGAAUUGGAAUUCAUACGGGACCAGUUGUAGCCGGUGUUGUUGGAUUAACAAUGCCAAGAUAUUGUCUCUUUGGCGAUACAGUGAAUACAGCAUCAAGGAUGGAGUCAUGUGGCGAGCCAUUAAAAAUUCAUAUUUCACCACAAUGCAAAGAAAAAUUAGACAAAUUAGGAGGCUAUAUAACAGAAAAGCGUGGCAUAGUAUCGAUGAAAGGAAAGGGUGAUGUUGUGACUUAUUGGCUUAUAGGAGCCGACGAAUGUGCCAUUCAAAAACGAAAUGUUGAUUUAAGAGACUUACCACCGCCAUUAUUUUGUCGACCUCGAAAAAGUCCCAAAUAUAUUAGUGACUCUAAACAACCGUCAAUAUCAUGUAUUACAAAUUUUGGAACGUCAGAUAAUAGAAGUAUUCUUUGUGAGAGUCGAAGACAGUCAAAUGCACAGCGGAAUGAUAAUGAUGGUGCUUAUAGUCUGCAAGGAUCAUAUAGAGACUCAUCCUCACCAUUCAUAUGCAAGCAACGAAAACAUGAUAUCACACCACUUUACAUUAACAAUAACGAUACAGAAAUGAGCUGUGUCAAUGACACGACAGAUGAUUUGCGAAGAGAUACCAUGAAUGGAAGUGGUGAGAAACCUUAUGCCAUGGUUCGACCUCAACAAAAUAUAACAAAUAGUUCAAACGAUGAUAUUAGUUCAUUAAGGCCAUUUGAAUUAAAUGAAGAUCACAGUAAUUUUAAAAAGAGCUAUUCGCUCGAUCCCUUUCCAGUACCCGAUUAUCAUCAAACCAGUAAACAAAACAAUGAAAAUUUUCGUAAACGUAAGAACAACGUAAGUGAACCUCUUAAAACAGUCAAUGGUGGAAUUAUAACAUCAUCACGAACCCAAAGAUCUGAUCAUAUACCACUUUUAAACAAGAAUAUGAAACGAUGGCAUUCGUUAGAAUUAGAAGCAGUGCGUACCGAUGUUGAUCAUGAAGAAUGUAGUGGCUGUGAAGAAAUCAUUGGUACUAAAAAGUCAUUAGGUCGUAACAUUAAGUCAUGGUUGAUUGGAAUAUUUCAAAAUCAAAGUAGAAGUUCCAAUGGACAAAAUGGAAGUGGUUUGCUUUCGCAACAGACAUCAAGUGCAAUUGUUAGGAAUAGAGCAGAUAAUGAAAGUAUGAGUGUUGUGUGA